UCCAUGGCGGCUUCAUUCUCUGGAUCUUCAAAAGCCCUCCCUCGUUGAAUCUUGGAACCCCUCCGAUCCGAUCAAGCGAGAGAGAGGAGGAGAACGAUGCCGUUGGCGGCGUCGGCUAUAUAUUUCCUCAAUCUACGCGGCGAUGUGCUCAUCAAUCGCCUCUACCGCGAUGAUGUCGGUGGUAACAUGGUUGAUGCGUUUCGAAUGCAUAUAAUGCAGACAAAAGAACUUGGUACUUGCCCCGUGCGGCAAAUUGGAGAUUGCUCUUUCCUUUACAUGAGAAUCAGCAAUGUGUACAUUGUGAUUGUGGUCAGCAGCAAUGCUAACGUAGCUUGUGCUUUUAAGUUUGUCGUUGAGGCUGUUGCACUAUUUAAAUCUUACUUUGGUGGUGCAUUUGAUGAAGACGCCAUUAGGAAUAAUUUUGUCCUGAUUUAUGAGCUUCUUGAUGAGAUCAUGGAUUUUGGAUAUCCUCAAAACCUUUCCCCUGAAAUUUUGAAGCUUUACAUCACUCAAGGAGGAGUCCGCUCUCCAUUCUCAUCCAAGCCCUCCGAGAAGCCAGUGCCAAAUGCAACACUGCAAGUUACAGGUGCUGUUGGUUGGAGACGUGAGGGUCUUGUCUACAAGAAAAAUGAGGUUUUCUUGGACAUAGUUGAGAGCGUUAACCUUCUUAUGUCUUCAAAAGGUAGUGUUCUACGAUGUGAUGUGACUGGGAAGAUUCUCAUGAAGUGCUUCCUCUCUGGGAUGCCUGAUUUAAAGUUAGGCUUAAAUGACAAGAUUGGUCUUGAAAAGGAAUCACAACUCAAAUCUAGACCAUCAAAAAGUGGAAAGACUAUUGAGCUUGAUGAUGUUACAUUUCACCAAUGUGUAAACCUGACAAGGUUCAACUCAGAGAAAACUGUCAGUUUUGUCCCUCCUGAUGGUGAAUUUGAAUUGAUGAAAUAUCGUAUUACUGAGGGCGUAAAUCUUCCAUUCCGUGUAUUACCAACAAUCAAGGAAUUGGGUAGAACCCGCUUGGAAGUAAAUGUUAAGGUGAAAAGUGUCUUUAGUGGCAAGAUGUUUGCCCUUGGAGUUGUAAUUAAGGUUCCAGUUCCAAAGCAGACAGCUAAGACAAGCUUCCAGGUGACAUCAGGUCGAGCCAAAUAUAAUGCGGCAACUGAUUGCAUUAUCUGGAAGAUAAGAAAAUUUCCUGGACAGACUGAAUCAACCAUGAGUGCAGAGGUUGAACUGAUUACAUCGAUGGCAGAAAAGAAGCCUUGGACUCGGCCACCAAUCCAAAUGGAAUUUCAGGUACCUAUGUUUACUGCAUCAGGACUACGAGUUCGGUUUCUCAAGGUCUGGGAAAAGAGUGGUUAUAGCACAGUUGAAUGGGUUCGUUACAUCACAAAAGCCGGGUCAUAUGAGAUUAGGUGUUAAAACCUUAAGUAGUUACUCACAGAUGGAUCCGAUACGGUGGCGAUGAGGUUGAGAUUAUAUUGUUGAUGUGCUCUUGCUUUCUUUUAGUAUUGUUAGCCAAAUUUGUUUGCGUGGCUUUGCAUUGUUUGCCUCUAUGUAAAUUCUUAGAAACUAUAACGACCAGUACAAAUGUGGGGGUGUUUCACUUAAAAAUAAUAUGAAAUUCAUAUGAUUUUCCUGCUUCA